ACAAGAACUAUAUAUACCGUCUGGAGUUACAAAACAUUAACAUCUGUGGGAUUUUAUACUUCUGAAACAUCCGAAAACAAAGAGUGCAGCCUUUUCUAGCUCUUUUUAUUUCUUUUUAUGAUUCCUUUUAUUUGGGUUACUGGUCAGUCUGUAUUUAAAGUAGCUUAAAGUAGCAUAGAGACGUCCUGGUGUUGCUUCAUUCCAAAGACAACAGCGUGCUUUAACCGUGGUGGUCUUGCUGGAAUGAAUAUAUCUGAGUCUAGUUGCUGUCAAGAGGCCAGUUCUCAGCUUAGCCUGGUUGCGGAGCGUGGGACAUGGGGUGCCUCUUCCAGCACUCCGGGCCCUGACCGGGCACAUGGUUUUGACCGCAGCCGGACCACAGAGCUGGCACCGUUGCCUGGCUCUGGAACACAGACAGGGUCCCGAACCGGAGGGGCCGAAGCAGAGGCCAGGACGAGAAGCCCGGACUCAACCCGUGCUGGAGCUCUGACCCUGGGCUCUGGUGAGGGGAAAUCAGGGGGGGAGUCGAGGAUCAGGAGGCCGAUGAAUGCCUUCAUGGUGUGGGCUAAAGAUGAGCGCAAACGUCUGGCCCUCCAGAACCCAGAUCUGCAUAACGCCGUGCUCAGUAAGAUGCUGGGUCAAUCCUGGAAGGCUCUAAGCACACUAGACAAGCGUCCGUUUGUGGAGGAAGCCGAACGACUGCGUUUGCAGCACCUCCAGGAUCACCCGAACUACAAAUACCGUCCUCGCCGCAAGAAGCAGCCCAAGAAGAUGAAACGAGUGGAACCGGGUUUGCUCCUCCAAGGCCUCGCUGGCGGCCCAGGACUAGGAGAAGCUUACUCGCUACACUGCCAUGCCCAUCAUCUGCUGCCUCCUCUGGGACACUUCCGAGACCUCCACCCCUCCAGAGCUCCAGAGCUGGAGAGUUUCGGCCUGCCGACGCGGGGUCAAUCUAGUGCAAUGUCUCAGAUGUGGCAUAUUUGA